UCCACAUCCACGCGGCGGAAGCGCGCGGAAGAGACCGUGUGCUUCGCCAUCGCCUCAGCUAAGUCAAGCUGUCACAGAAAGGCAGCCGACACCCACCCUUCAAAGCAGCGGCGGGCUCACGAUGAAAUAGGCUAAAUCAGAGGAUGUUGUUGAACAAGCUCCACUUUAGAGGACUAUGCCUCCCCUGCUUGAGCUUCUCCACUGGCAAAUGGAAAUCUACAUCCAGACAUCCCACAAUGCAGUCUGUUCAGUGAGUUCAGGGUAGCUCGUCUCUUCUCACUGCAUUGUUGCCAUGAGAGCCUGACUGCUGUAGUGUUUGAAGCUUGCUGAUCCUGCUUGCUACAGCCCUGGCUUUGAAUGUGGCCAGAUCAAACAGAGGAAAAGAAGAUCUGUCCUUCAAAUCACUUUGAGAUGUUCAAUUCCUAUGACUACCUGGUUUUUCAAAGUUUCCAUGGGAGACUUUUUGGCACCCUGUUUAUGAAAUGUUUAGAACCAAAGAAGACAUAGAGCACCGAUGUAUAUGGAUCACCAUUUCUCAACAUAGCGUAUAUUAGUGAUGCGGGAGAGCGCAAGCAGCACAAGGCAGAGUGGUGCCUUACUGAGCUGAAGAAGUGCGGCUGAGAGGAUUGUUAAAGCCAUUUGCAGGACCUAUCAUGCCCCUUCGAUGUGCCGGAGAGAAAUCUAAGGAUGAAAUUGCUUUUGAGAGCUAAAAUGAGCUCAAUUCAGGACUGGGGUGAAGAGGUAGAGGAAGGAGCAGUUUACCAUGUCACCCUGAAAAGAGUGCAGAUUCAACAGGCUGCCAAUAAAGGAGCAAGAUGGCUAGGGGUUGAAGGGGACCAACUGCCCCCAGGGCAUACUGUCAGCCAAUAUGAGACAUGUAAGAUCAGGACUAUUAAGGCUGGUACACUGGAAAAGCUUGUGGAAAACCUGCUAACAGCUUUUGGGGACAAUGACUUCACCUACAUCAGUAUCUUUCUGUCAACAUACAGGGGCUUUGCAUCUACAAAAGAUGUUCUCGAACUUCUCCUUGACAGAUAUGGAAACCUGGAGAUCUCAAACUGUGAAGAAGAUAGGAGCCAGAACUCUAUCGAGACCAAAACAGUACUCAGGAAUGCAAUAGCGUCCAUCUUGAGAGCCUGGUUAGACCAGUGCUCUGAAGAUUUCAGAGAGCCACCCCAUUACCUUUGUUUGCGGAAACUGUUGGAUUAUCUGACACGGAUCAUGCCAGGAUCAGACCCAGAAAGAAGGGCACAACACCUGUUGGAACAAUUUCAGAAGCAAGAACUGGUAAAUGACAAUGGAAUCCAUGAGACCCUUGCCCUUGACAAACAAAUGGAGACUAGUGGAUCGGAAGACUUCUCUUCUUUCCCAGAAGACCUUGUGGCCGAACAGCUAACCUACAUGGAUGCUAAACUAUUUAAGAGAGUGGUACCACAUCACUGUUUGGGAUGCAUCUGGUCUCGGAGGGAUAAGAAAGAGAAUAAACACUUGGCUCCCACCAUCAGAGCCACCAUUGCACAGUUCAAUGCAGUGACCAAAUGUGUUGUCAGAACCAUUUUGAAUGGCAAGGAGCUGAAAACACAGCAGCGAGCCAAGAUCAUAGAGAAGUGGAUCAAUAUUGCACAUGAAUGUAGGAUCCUAAAGAAUUUUUCCUCCUUGAGGGCCAUUGUUUCAGCACUACAGUCGAACUCCAUCUAUCGGUUAAAGAAGAGUUGGGCGUGCGUUGCAAAGGAAAGAAUGUUGAUGUUUGAAGAACUGUCAGAAAUUUUCUCUGAUCAUGACAACUAUUUAACAAGCCGGGAGCUGCUAAUGAGGGAAGGGACAUCAAAAUUUGCAAAUUUGGACAGCAGCAUUAAAGAGAACCAGAAGAGAACUCAGAGGCGGCUUCAACUUCAGAAAGAUAUGGGUGUAAUGCAGGGCACCGUUCCUUACCUUGGUACUUUUCUGACUGACCUAACGAUGCUUGACGCAGCCCUUCAGGAUUACAUUGAGGGAGGGUUAAUCAAUUUUGAGAAGAGAAGGCGGGAGUUUGAAGUAAUUGCUCAGAUUAAGCUCUUGCAAUCUUCCUGUAAUAGCUAUUGCAUGACUUCAGACAGAAGAUUCAUCCAAUGGUUUAAGAAACAGCGGCACUUAACAGAGGAGGAGAGCUAUGCACUCUCAUGCGAGGUUGAAGCAGCUGUUGACACAACUACGUCACCAAAACCUCGGAAGAGUAUGGUGAAGCGGCUGAGCCUGUUAUUUCUGGGGUCCGACUUGAUUGCUAAUACUACCCCUACCAAAGAGCAGCCAAAAUCUACGCCAAGUGGGAGCUCUGGCGAAAGCAUGGAUUCUGUCAGCGUCUCCUCCUGUGAGUCAAACCAUUCUGAGUCUGAAGAAGUUUGCAUCACCCCUACCGACACUCCAGAUGAGCCUCAGAAGAAGCUCUCAGAGUCGUCCUCUUCUUGCUCCUCCAUUCACUCCAUGGAUACAUCUUCAUCGGGGGUGUCAUCAUUCACCAACACUCUCUCAUCUCCUCCUUCAUUGGCCAGCAAUCCCAGAAUCCACAAACGCUCCAUCUCUGUCACCUCCAUUACCUCAACAGUCUCACCUCCUAUUUACAAUCAACAGAAUGAAGACACCUGCAUCAUCCGCAUCAGUGUUGAAGACAACAAUGGCAACAUGUACAAGAGUAUCAUGUUAACCAGCCAAGAUAAGACUCCAGCUGUCAUCCAGAGAGCCAUGUUGAAACACAACCUGGAGUCCGAUCCUGCAGAGGAUUAUGAGCUUGUGCAAAUCAUCUCUGAGGACAAAGAACUAGUCAUCCCAGACAGUGCAAAUGUCUUCUAUGCCAUGAACAGCCAGGUGAAUUUUGACUUCAUCCUGCGGAAGAAAAGCUCUCUUGAUGGGCAGGUGAAAUUGAGAAGUCGCUCCAGCUUGACUCUCCCCAGGACCACCAAGAGGGGGUGCUGGAACAACAGAAACAGCAAAAUCACACUUUGAAAGUUGAUGAGCCAACACAAAAGAGAUGGGGCUUCAAAGACAUACAGUAUUGCCAAGUCUCUGGAAAUGAAUGUGUCAGUAUUCAGCUUUGGGAAUGCAAAGCUAGCAUUUGAGAGACAUUUUGAUACAGACUGCCGGCAAAAUGGACCUGGUGAGAAAGCAGCCUAUGGAUGCCUGCCUUUCUUUCUUUCCAAGAAUACAAGGCCACUUUCGACCGGGAAGGCAAUGAACUCUGCACCUAAACUUCCAUCCUUUCCAAUUAUUCUCUAUUACUCUGUGCCAGUAUUAACUUAGAGCACUUUCGAUUUAUUUUUGUUAAUAAAUGAAAGAAGGCUAUUGCUGUUAAAUUCCACCUGUAUUUUCAGGAGAAGCAUAUCAGAAUGACCACUAGCUGAAUGACAACACUGUUAAGUGGAUGGUGUAGACAGGCGAUGUUCUGUCCCUGCAGGGCGGCUUCUUCAAGAAAAGUGGCAGAGCUGCUGCGAUGGUGGGGAUUGUCAUUCUCCUAGAAUUCUCACCAGUCUCUGUCUGGAGCCACACCAGGCAAUGCAAGUUUAUGUCGUGUCGGUCUUCCUAGCUGGAAAAUUAGCUUCCCUCCUACAGAACGUUGAGCAAAUAAGAUUCUGCUUAAUGCCCUAUUUUGUUUGGUAGCAAACAAGGCAAGAAAAUGCAAACACACACUACUAUUAAUGCCACUAUAUUGUUUUCUUUUUGCUUUGCUGACCUAAUUCAAAAUAUGUGGACUGUGCAAUUUUACUCCCCUUCAGGUGCAGAGCUGUUUACUUGUAUUCAGCCACAUUGGCAGUGUAGUAAACCACAUAGUUAUGUUUUAUAACCUGUUUAAAAACAUACUUAAUAGCCAGCAUCUGAGAAUACUAUCUGAGAAUCCUAUAAAUGGUGAGACAUAAACCUCUACACUCUCCCUUCUCCUCUAAUACAUAGUGAUUUGCUGCCAUGGUACAUCCGCAGAGGAAUACAGAAUUAGGCUUUUCUAGGGCCCUGCCCUUCACCAGAUGGCUAUUCUUGGGGAACUGUGUUAGUUGCACAUUCACAAUAAAGGAGUAAUAAUAACCCUCUCAGAAAAGGGUUAUGCACCACUGUCGCUGAGCACAAGCAACAGUGGUGCAUAAUCACAGGAUGAGGCGAAAUUAAAGCCAUAAUUGAGACAUUGGAUUGUAAACCGCUCAGUCGCAUCUGGCGAAGUAGUGCAAUAGGUAGAAAGAGGCCACUGCAAAGAAGCCCCCAUGUCCUUGCCGCGAGGUUGCCUCCCACUGGUAGGUGGGUCUCUUCCACGUCAGGCAGCACCAAUAGCCUCUUCCUGUCCACAACACACCCUCACUGGCUGCUGCUGGAAGGAACAGCCUUUUCCUUUCUAGAACAGGCUGGAGGUGGUUCCCUCCCCAGAAUGUCUCUCCUAAAAUUAAAACAACUGCAGCAACUGUAACUCAAGCAACUACCCCUGGGGCAAGUUGCACAGAGGUCAACAGGACUUUCUUCCUUAUAAAGUUUCUUUGGGUUGCAGUUAUACAAAGGAGGAGGAGGUUUGCUGCACUUCUAGCAGUAGUUUAAUUAGAAACUAUGGCCAGGAUACUUAAGAUGAUGCAAAGUAUUGUCAAUCAAUGGGAUUUUUAAACUUCUCCUCUCCCUUUGCAAACUGCUUUAAGUUCCAUUGCAAUGUGGAAAGGGAGGUUGCUGUUUGAAAGAAAUGUGUCCAAAGCCCAUCCACCCACCCCACUUGGGCCCCUGGAAUUGCUUCCAUGAUUCUUUGGACUGUAGCCAAUACAUCAAGCCAUGUCACAUGUGUGUACAUUUUGCAGAACUUGUGCAUACAUUUUUCAGAACCUGAGAAAAAGUGCAGGAUAUGGCACUAGGAUCAGAAUUCAACUUCCUAAAACUCUCAACAUUCAUUUAAUGAUAAGAAGCAAGUUUCUAUCCCUUAUGGUUGCAAAGAUGUGCUUGAAAGUGUGUAAGUAAUGCCUAGUGAAAUAUCAGAAGCUGGGACGGUGGCUGAUUAAGAUCUCCAGGGGAUCAAGACGAGCAGAAGUAGAUCAUGCACAUUUGGUUAAUAUGAGUCUCAGACAUCAGCUUUCUUUUAACUGCAGAAAUUUGGCACACAGCUUUUAUUUACCAGUAAGUGUUUAAAAAAAUAACUUGUCUUAUCAGAUGAUAUAUUUUGCACUAUUUGAAACUCCUUUCUAUUUGUUUGUUUUUUAAAAGGCCUGUGUAGCUUAAACUCCCUAUAGUGUUGUUGCCUAGAGGAGAGAAGGGUUUCUGUAAAACUGAGCCUUAAAUAUGUCCAGGAUGGAUUUUCAGAUAACCAUUGUCCAGUCUUGUUUUCUGGUGAAAGAUGAGCAAUGCACAAAUGAGUGGGUAGGUAAGCAGAUACGCCUACUCUCACUCUGUAUAUAUCUGUAGAAUCAGCUAGAUUUUUAUAUUGUUAAGCUUGUGAUAAAAUGUCUUUCAAAACAAAGACGAGAAUUAUUAACUGCUGCAUAAA